AUGUCGCCCUCCGCCGUGGACAUGCCCGAGUCCCGCGAGACCCUCGAGGCCCUCGCCGCCGCCAACGCCGCCUCCAGCGAAAAGACCACCUCGCAGACCGUCGCCGAGCUGCGCAAGACCCUCACCUCCGAGGCGAGCCCCCUCCCCAUCCGCUUCCGCGCCCUCUUCUCCCUCAAGCACGUCGCCUGCAAGGACAAGAGCGCCGACGCCGAGGCCGCCAUCGACGCCAUCGCCGCCGGCUUCGCAUCCCCCUCGGCCCUGCUCAAGCACGAGCUCGCCUACUGCCUCGGCCAGACCGGCAACCUCUACGCCGUCGAGCCGCUGCGCGCCGUCCUGCGCGACCUGAAGGAGGACCCCAUGUGCCGCCACGAGGCCGCCGAGGCGCUCGGCGCGCUGGGCGACGCGGGGCAGCUUGAGAUCCUGAAGGAGUUCAGGGACCGCGAGGGCGAGGACGUGUGUAUUGUCGAGACGUGCGAGAUCGCUAUUGAUCUCAUUGAGUGGCAGAACUCUGAGCAGAGGAAGCUGGAGAAGCUUCGCAAGAGCGACUUCACAUCCGUAGACCCCGCGCCGCCCAUGGAGAUGUCGCAGCGCACCGUCCCGGAGCUCGAAAAGACCCUGAUGGACGCCUCGCUGCCGCUCUUCCUGCGCUACCGCGCCAUGUUCGCCCUGCGCGACCUCGCCUCGCCCCCCGACCUCCCCACCGCCGUCCCCGCCGUGCUGGCCCUGGCCAAGGGCUUCGCCGACUCCUCCGCGCUGUUCCGCCACGAGAUCGCCUUCGUCUUCGGCCAGCUGUCGCAUCCGGCGUCCAUCCCGGCGCUGACGGAGGCGCUGAGCAACACGGAGGAGGCGAGCAUGGUGCGCCACGAGGCGGCCGAGGCGCUGGGCAGCCUGGGCGACGAGGAGGGCGUCGAGGCGACGCUGCUCAAGUUCCUGCACGACAAGGAGAAGGUCGUGCGGGAGAGUGUGAUUGUCGCGCUGGACAUGGCCGAGUUCGAGUCGAGCGGGCAGACGGAGUACGCGUUGAUUCCGGAGGGUGCCAAGGUGGCUGCUUGA